CUAGUGGGGGGUGGUGCACAUCACGAGCUAUAAGUGUGGCCAAACAGGACGGUUCAACAUUAGACAAGCACCUGCAGCUCAGAGAUCUAUUGGGAUUGCUUAGGUGAACAUCUGCACUUCUUUCUAUUGAAACAUACAUGCAACAUGGAAUCUAGAACUACUCUGAUCUUCAUUUAUACCUUGUGCACAACCCUUCUUGAAGGCUGGGGGUUGCCUCUAGUGCCCCAGACUGACCCGAGUGACCCAUCUGCAACCCAUAGGGUCAGGAGCAAACGCUGCUCCUGCAACAACCAGCUGGAUUCGGAAUGCCACUAUUUCUGCCAUCUGGACAUCAUCUGGGUGAACACACCAAGUAAGACCACUGUGUAUGGAUUGGGCAGUCCGUUGGCUCGCCGGCGCAGGUCUACAGGCCGCUGCUUCUGUGCCAGUCCUGCAGAUCGGACAUGCAAUGUAUUCUGUCACUACAGCUCUGAAAACCCUGCCAUCAUGCUGGUGCACCCAUCUGAACCUGUGCCUGAAAAACAGGAGCAACCCAAAUCAGAUCAUGUGACUACCCUAAAUAACUCAGAAAAUGCCAGUCCAGGAGUUCUGGUUUUAGGGAAGUCUUCCUCCCUUGGGGCUCAGUCAGACGUCAUAACCUUCCUCAGGAAGCUGGUUAGGGCUAGAGCCAGAGCAAUGGGAAAGGCAUCCAAGGCCAGUAAACCUGGCUACAGAUGAAGUUCUUACCUGGGAGAGAUGGAAGUGUGAGCACUUGAACAAAAGUUGACCCUUGUGAAACCAGGGGCAGCAGAACAUGCAUGGGCUGCAAUCUGAAGGCAGUGUUCCUCAAGGACAGUCCUGUGGAAACGGAGCCUUUGUUGCAUGUUUAAGACAGAAUGGGAGAGAUGAAGGCUUGUGAGACGUAAAGUAGAUAUUUGUGAGUUACGGGCAAAUCAGACCUGUCCACUGGGAGAGCACAAAUGAGGGUUAGGUGUUAGCGACUGUCCUGUAGUGCAAACAGGACAUUAGCUAAGUGGCUAUGCUAGAGCUACCUGACAGGAUCAUAACUAGUCCAAAACACCAAGUUUGAACAGUUCGAGAUAAAAGAAACAGGUGAAGUGCUAAUGAAAUGUUGGUUGGAAGAGCACAGAUAGGAAGAAACUGCAGUACUUCUACUAUUUUUGGCACCAUUGGAGCCGACCUUCAUCUAUUAGUUUUAUU